AUGCGCCGCGGCGGGAGCGUCGCGACCGGCGCGAUCCCGUCCGGAUCGAACCCGUGCGCGCGCGACGGAUUCGGCGCCGCGGUGAGGGGCGCGGUGGAGGACGGCGUGAGCGCGACGCUCGCGUGUUUGGGCAUUCACGGAUGCGGGAAAUCGAGCCUCGUUCGCGGGGGAUCCGGAUCCGGAUCCGGAUCCUCAUUCGCGAACGGGGGGGCUCUCGACCAGAUGGGCGUCUGCGGGCGCAUCGCCGCGGACGUCUUCGCCGCGAUCGGGGACGUGUGCGAGCGCGAGAACGACGAGUUCAUCGUCUCCUUGCAAGCGAUCGCGGACGUCAUCACCGCUCCCGUGGACGCGUCGGCGAUCAAUCCGAACAAACGAAAAACGCACGAGGUUUUAAAAGACGCGCUCGCGACGGGGUUAGACCUCGUCGGGCUCGAGCGCGGCGGCGUGUUCGACCCGGAGCGCGUCGAACUCAGAGGCGGAAGAGGCGAAGGCGCGCGGAGCGUGCGGAGCGCGUUUCACGGCGCCGGCGAGAGCGCGCCGACGCGCAUCGACGUGCGAGAACACCCGACGCGCGGCUUUUUCGCGGAGGGCGCGAUCGAAGUCGUCGCGACGGACGCGGACGAGCUCCAGCGGCUCGUCGCCGCCGCGCUCGCGGGGUUCAAGCACGAGGAGGCGCAGUGUGGAGGGUCUGGCGGGUCCGGGUCCGGGUCCGGGUCCGGUGAGCGCGUGCACUGUCUGCUGCAGGUGAACGUGCGAAGGCGGACGAGGGAGGGCGAGUGCGACGACGAGGGCAUCUUUCUGCCGCAUCGCGAGACGGGCGCGUUCUCCUUCACACUGGUCCCCAUACGACCGCGUUGGCGUGGUGAACGUCGUUCCUUAAGGACGUUUGCCGUCGUCUCUCUCCGCCCAGGGUCCCUCGCUUUCGAUCCACUACCGCGACGCCUUUCAACUCCGCUUCUGACGCCUUUCAACUCCACCCCGACGUUCGCUCGUAUGGAACGACCCACAGUCGCGCGCGUGCAGAUUGUCGAUUUCGCGGGCGUGGACAGGAGCGGCGGCGGCGGCGGCGCCGCGGGGGGGAAGAAGGGCUCGGGCGGCGGCGGCGCCGCGGAGGACGCGGCGCUGAAGGCGCUGACGCGCGUCGUGGACAGCCUCCACGACGCGCGGUCGCACGUCCCGCACCGCGAUUCGAAACUCACGCGUCUGAUGGCGCACGCGUUCGGCGGGUCCGGGCGGCUCUCCGUCCUCGCCGGCGUCUCCCCGCUCGCGUCUCGAUUCGAGGAGUCCGACGCGAUGUGCCACCUCGCGGCGAAGAUGCACAAGGGCGUCCGGUGUCGCCCGUGCGCCGUCGCGACGCACUACGCCUCGGAGGUGGCCGCCGCGGACGGCGACGUCGUGGAGCUCGCGGCGAGGCUGGGGUUGAAUCCGAAAGGGAUGACGUCGGCGGGCGUGGAGCUCGACAUGGACAGCUCGGACGAGCUGCUCGCGCUUCGAGACGCGCUCGCGCUCGGGGAGGAGCUGCGAAAGGAAGCGCAGGUCUGGGACGACGUGUUGACCAAGUCGGAGAGGGUGACGUUGAUGCUGAAGGGAGAGGGCGUUCGACCGAUUUAUUAG